AUGAACUGGAUCGUUCUAUUCCUAGUUGCCAUCCUUUCCGCUAGUGAUGGAGCUAUACAGCCGACACAUUUCCAGCAUCAUAAUUAUAAUCAGCUUACAUCAUUUAUGAAACAGCAAGCAGCACGCUGCCCUUCCAUUAUGCGUUUAUAUGAUAUCGGUAAGUCUCUUCAAGGUAGAACACUGUGGGUUAUGGAAAUUUCCGAUCAUCCGGGCAAUCAUGAAGCUGGAGAACCAGAAAUGAAGUAUGUCGGUAAUAUGCAUGGCAACGAAGUCACCGGUCGCGAAAUUCUAUUACUAUUGAUAGAAUACUUUUGUAGCAAUUAUAACAUCGAUUCUCGUGUUACACGGCUAAUCAAUUCGGUUCGAAUGCAUAUAAUGCCGACCAUGAAUCCUGAUGGAUGGGAAAAAGCAGUAGAAGGCGAUUGGUCUGGUACUACAGGCCGUUAUAAUUCACGUGGGGUAGAUUUAAAUCGUGAUUUUCCUACACUACAUGAUAUAGUUAUUCGUCAAGGCCGCUACUAUUUUGAUUAUAAAGCAAGACAGCAGGAAACAACCUUAGUUAUGAAUUGGAUGAAUGCUUAUCCAUUUGUUCUAUCAGCAAAUUUCCAUGGUGGUGCAUUGGUAGCUAGCUAUCCCUUAGAUGACACGUUGUCUGGCCAAAGUGUCUAUAGUACAACCCCUGAUGAUGAUGUUUUUCGAUCAUUAGCUAAAACUUACUCCUAUGCUCAUCCUACUAUGUGGAAAGGGCAAAGUUGUUCUCGUAAUUCUCGUAGUCACCAGAAUAAAAGUUUCUCUAACGGAAUUACCAAUGGAGCUGCAUGGUAUGCCAUAUCCGGUGGUAUGCAAGAUGUAAAUUAUUUAACUACCAAUUGCUUUGAAAUUACCAUCGAAACGGGUUGUCAAAAGUAUCCUUAUGGAACAAGUCUACAAAAAGAAUGGUUGAAUCAUAAAAAUGCCUUAUUAAAGUAUAUCGAGCAAAUACAUCGUGGCAUCAAAGGUUUUAUACUUAAUUCAAGUAAUCAAGGAAUUUAUGGAGCUUCUCUCGUAAUCCAGGGUAGAAAUAAAAUCAUUUAUGCUACAGAGUAUGGUGACUAUUGGAGACUAUUGCUUCCAGGAACAUAUAAGGCUACAGUAUCCUAUCCUGGUUAUAUUAGUGUCACUAAAACGGUGACAGUUACCUCCGGAGCUACCAAGCAAGUUAAUUUUACUCUCUCUCGUCAAGUUUACCCUACAGGUCAAUAA